AUGUCUUCCAAAUCCGCAGAAAAGGACAAGUCCAAAGUCCACAAGCUCUCCAUCAAGGGGAGUGCAAAACUCGUUGCCGAGUUUUUCCAGUAUUCCAUUCAUACCAUCUUAUUCCAAAGAGGCGUCUACCCAGCCGAAGACUUCACAGCCGUAAAAAAGUACGGCCUAAACAUGCUAGUGUCCGCGGACGACCAAGUGAAAGCCUACAUCAAGAAGAUCAUGUCGCAGCUGGACAAGUGGAUGCAGCACGGCAAGAUCAGCAAGCUCGUCAUCGUCAUCACCGACAAGGACACGGGCGAGCACGUCGAGCGCUGGCAAUUCGACGUCCACAUCUUCAACGCGCCCUCCAAGUCCAAGAAGUCGUCCAAAUCCUCCUCCACCGCCGCCACCGCCUCCAACACCGAGAACGACGCGCCCCCGCCGUCCGCCUCCAACACGGCGUCCCCGGACCCCUCCAAGACCGAGGCCGAGAUCCAGGCCGAGAUCGCCGCGCUGUUCCGCCAGAUCACCGCUUCCGUUACUUUCCUGCCGCAGCUGGCGGGCGAUUGCACGUUCAACGUGUUGGUGUACGCUGACGCGGAUAGCGAUGUGCCUGUCGAGUGGGGAGACAGCGAUGCUAAGGAGAUCGUCAACGGCGAGAGAGUGCAGUUACGAGGGUUUAGCACCACGAGUCAUCGGGUCGAAACGCUGGUCAGCUAUAGGUUAGGGGAAUGA